AUGGCAUCCGCAUUCAAGUCAUUCGUUGUAGGCGCAAAGAAGUUCGCCCUUGGUACUGCCCAUGGAGUAUCGGCGCUCGAGCUGUUCCCCAAGACGGACCCCAUCAUUGACGGGGAGGAUUGCGAGCACGACUGCGAGAGCUGCCAUGUCAAGUACCCCAAGGGCUUCAAGAUCGACGACAGCGACGAGCUAUAUGGCAUGGUCAAGGGAUGGAGCACGCACGCCCUCGUCGCGACGGGCAAGAGCGAUUGGGUGAGGGACGUCUCGGACGAAAAGGGCAGCGUGAUGGAGGCGAUCGGCAAGGCCGCGGCGCCAAGUAACGGGAAAUUGAUGCUGUCGGCCUCCAACAUUCCAACCCCGAAUCACUCGAGCGACUACGCGGAACCUACGACAGUCCUCCUGCUCCCCGCCUUCGUCAUCAUCGACCACGUCACCCCGAAAAGCGUGCCCGAGCUCAUCACCGAAUUCGUCGAUAAAGCCCCGACCAACACCUCCCCCCUGGCGCCGCUCGCCCUCCCGACCUCCAUCCCCGUAGCCUCGACCAACGGCACCAAGAGGGGGGCGGCCGCACCAAGCAUACCACCAGAGAUUUCCCGCCGCCCGUGUCCGCACAGCGCGCUGAUCCUCCUCUGCUCGCAAAAGACGCGCGACGCCCGCUGCGGCCAGUCCGCGCCGCUGUUGCGCAAGGAGCUGGAGCGCCACCUGCGGCCCCUGGGCCUCUUUCGCGACAUGGACGACGAGAGGCCAGGCGGGGUGGGCAUCUACUUUAUUUCGCAUGUCGGUGGGCACAAGUACAGCGCCAACGUCAUGGUGUACCGCCGACCCGACGCUUUUGGGCUGGACGACGUGGAGCGCGUGAAGGAGGUGGCCGGCGGCGGCGAGCUGAAGCCCAAGGCGAAGACGACGACUGAGCUGCCGCAGACGGAGGACGUGGGCGCGGCGCAGUGUAUCUGGCUAGCGAGGAUCAAGCCAGAGGACUGCGAGAAUUUGGUAAAGUAUACCAUCCUGCAGGGCAAGGUUGUGAAGCCUGAGACGCAGUUGCGUGGCGGUUUUGAUAGGUCGAAGGGCAUUAUGAGUUGGUAA